AUGCGGCCUGUCCUGUGUGGCACAACCCUGGCACUUUGCUGGGUUUUGGCCAAAAGCGCGGGAUCUCACACAGACAGCCACUCUGACACCCACAACGACAGCAAUCACACGGUCACAGACGCGAGCUGCGUCCAAGUGGAAGGACAUGGUGAUCAUGGCAGUCACUGGUUCAAGUGUGAGUAUGAGUUUGACCACUUCGAAGAAGUCACCGUCAUUACACUCAUCAGCAUCACCUUGGUUGUGGAGUUGGUAAAGCAUGGGCUACAGCACCUGGCCGAGCACAGCUCCGUCACCGGCAACACCUCCCGCGAGGAGGAGACGUCGCAAACAAUCCAAAAGCACAGCUUGGAACCCAUUUGGCUGGCCUUCUUCAACUGCGUCACUGCCGAGUUCACCGUGCUUGGCAUCCUCGCCUUCUUACUCUGGGCUUGUCAUUCCUGGCUGCCGGUCUUUGACUGGGUCCUAGAGGCAACAAAAUACAUCGAGGACUUCAGCUUCCCAGAGUCUGUGGAGGACUACCUGCACUCGACCGAGCUGGCGCAUAUGCAUCUAUUCAUCAACUUUAUGCUGUAUUUCCUGCUGGUGGGGUUCAGCUUGGCCAGCGCACAGAGGAGCAUGGCGAACUUAGCUUUUUCUCCCAAAUCCUUCCUGGAGGAAGCUGGACGACAGCCACUGCACCAGGUGAAGUUCAAGCACUCUUCUUGGAAAGAGGAGUUUCACGUAAUGCGUCAAACUUUCUUGAGAUCCUUGCAGUGUUGGUCUGGUCGGUGGGAUUUUUUUGACAAGACGUUGGGCAGUACCAUCCAGAAGUAUGCAAAGCUUGAGGACGAGGGUAUCGUCAAGUUCUUCGAACCAUGGUUCCCGUUCGGACAUUAUGUUCGCCUGAACUGCCGCACUUUGUUGGACCACGUGGUUACAAUACAGCCCGCCUCUCUGCUGUUCAUGAUAAUUAUUCAUGGCUUCCAGGCGGCCAUCCACCGCAUGAAGAUGGACUUCGAGUUCAGCUUCAUUUGGCUAGGGCUCUUCACCUUGAUCACUAUUCUACUUUGGAUCGCGACGCACAUGCUCAUUUCCCGGCUGAAGACAGGGAGGUACAAUCAUGGGGAGCUGGUUAAGGUCAUCGAGCUGAAGCAGUACUUGUUGCAUCGUCCCGCGUUGCCUAAAUACCUGCUCACGCUGCUGCAAGGCUGCCAGCUCUGCGUCUGCUUCGAGCUGACCCAGCCGCUCGCGAAUUCGAGGGUCUGGCAAGUGUCCUACGCGCGAUCCGUGGUGUACAUCGUCUUUUGCUUCACGGCCAUGCCCCUCUUUGGGUGGCUAGUCUGGGGGCCGCUUAUCUCUCGUGUGGCUUUGGCCAUGUCUUGCGGCUUUAUGAUCUCAGAAGAGACAGUGCUUCGCCUACAAGCUAUGGUCGAGAUGCACGAGCACGGCAGGCGUGCCAGAGAGGCAGAGGGACCUAUGUCAGAUGACAUUUCGGCAUGGCAACCAGUCAUCCCAGAAGGCCAGAAGAAAGACUCUCGCAUUUCGGUUGAGGAGGUUGCUGAAAGCACCCCCGUCCAAGAAAUGCAAGAGCCCGAUGCACCGGCGCCGGCGCCGAAUGUUCCCAUUCAUGCCUGGUAA